AUGGAUAAGUCAUGGAUGCACUCGGAUAGAAGAUCGAAGGCAUAUGAGUUAGGGGUGGAAGCAUUUUUGAACUUUUCUGUAGAAAAUCUUCUAACUACCACACAUAUCCGUUGUCCAUGUGUUAAAUGUGUUAAUUUGAAAUUGUUUGGGGUUGGAAUUAUAAGGGAUCACUUAUACUUUAAUGGAGUUGACCAAAGCUAUAAGAAUUGGACAUUUCACGGAGAACCUUGGGAAGCAGCUACUAAUGCUAGUAGAAAUGUUGAAGAAGAUGAUGACCAUAGUAGGUACAGUUUUGUGUCUGAAGAAAUAGAGAUGGAUGAUAAUGAUUUUGGUGAUUUUGGAUCUGAUCCUUAUGAGUUUGCCAAUGUGAUUGGGGAUGGAGAUCAACCAUUGUACCCUGGUUGUAGAAAGUACACGAAGUUAUCGGCAUUAGUGAAGUUGUAUAAUUUGAAGGCAAAAUAUGGGAUGAGUGAUGUCUGUUUUACAGAAUUAUUGAUACUUCAAGGCGAUUUGCUUCCAGAAGGAAAUACAAUACCGGCCUCUAUGUAUGAGGCAAAAAAGACUUUGUGUGCAUUGGGGCUGAGUUAUGAGAAAAUGCACGCAUGCCCCAAUGAUUGCAUCUUGUAUAGGAAGGAGUAUGAGGAUUUAACUCAUUGUCCUAAUUGUGGUAUCUCAAGGUGGAAGGAAGGCAAAGAUUCAAUCUUGAAAGAGGGUGUGCCAGCGAAGGUGGUGUGGUAUUUUCCUCCAAUUCCAAGGUUUAAAAGGAUGUUUCGAUCACAUGAGACCGCUAAGAGUUUGACUUGGCAUGCUGCUAGAAAAUCAAUUGACGGUUAUAUGUCUCAUCCAGCGGAUUCCCCGUCUUGGAAACUUCUUGAUGAUAAAUGGCCCGAGUUUGGUAAUGAGCCGAGAAACUUGAGAUUGGCUCUUUCAUCUGAUGGAUUCAAUCCCCACAGUUCUCUAAGUAGCAGAUAUAGUUGCUGGCCAGUUAUCUUAGUUACAUAUAAUCUCCCUCCAUGGCUGUGCAUGAAACGAAAGUUCAUGAUGUUGACCUUAUUGAUUUCCGGUCCUAAACAGCCCGGAAAUGAUAUAGACGUCUACUUGGAGCCUUUGAUUGAUGAUUUAAAAUCUUUGUGGGAUGGGAUUGGAGGAGUGUAUGAUGCACAUAAUGGAGAAUACUUUACACUCAGAGCUGCAUUAAUGUGGACAAUUAAUGAUUUCCCCGCCUAUGGAAACUUAUCUGGUUGUGUUGUUAAAGGAUAUAAAGCUUGUCCAAUAUGCGGCGAUGAUACACCUAGUCACAGGUUGAAAAAUGGCCACAAAAUUUGUUACAUUGGGCAUAGAAAAUGGUUACCGAUCAAUCAUCCAUAUAGGAGGCAACGUGCAGCUUUUAAUGGGAAACCUGAAUAUGGCACGCCUCCUGAGCCAUUAACCGGAGAAGAAGUGCUGCAUAUGGUUGAAGAUGGUGACAGAGUUUGUUGGAAGAAGAAAUCAAUAUUCUUUGAUCUCGAGUAUUGGAAAUACCUUCCUGUGAGGCAUGUCCUAGAUGUUAUGCACAUUGAGAAGAAUGUUUGCGAUAGUAUCAUUGGUACAUUGCUGGAGAUCCCUGGAAAAAAUAAAGAUGGGAUUGCUGCUCGAUUAGAUUUAUUGAACAUGGGGGUCAAAACUGAUUUGCAACCCGAGUAUGGAGAAAGACGUACUCGUUUGCCUCCCGGGCCUUGGAAUUUGUCAAGAGCAGAGAAAGAGAGACUUCUUGGCCUUAAAUCACAUGAUUGUCAUACCUUAAUGCAACAAUUGCUCCCUGUGGCAAUUCGUUCUGUUUUGGAGAAGCCUGCAAGGUAUGCAAUAACUCGUUUGUGCUUCUUCUUCAAUGCUAUAUGUGCAAAGACUGUUGAUGUUUCCAAGCUAGAUAAGUUGGAAGAAGAUGUAGUAGUUACUUUGUGUUUGCUUGAGAAGUACUUUCCCCCUUCAUUCUUUGAUAUCAUGGUUCAUCUAGUAGUACAUCUUGUCAGAGAAAAUCGUACUCGUCCCGAAGGUUGCAUUGCUGAGCGGUAUAUAGCUGAAGAAGCUGUAGAGUUUUGUACCGUGCAUUUAUCUGAUGUUAGUACAGUUGGAGUGCCUUCAAGCCAAAAGAUGGGAGUUUCAAAGCCAUUAUCAGGUUGCACAGUAAGCGUAGUUGAUCGGGACCUGUUGAACCAAGCACAUCUAUAUGUCUUGGAGAAUACGGAGGAAGUCCUACCUUAUAUCGAGCAACAUAUGAUCCACAUCCAGACCGCUUAUCCAAAAUUUAGAAAGAGAACAAAGUGGCUGCAGGAUAAGCACAAUAGCACUUUCAUUCAAUGGCUACGCUUCAAGGUUCAAAGUGAACUUAAUGAGGACAAUCAUGGCGUAUCAGAAAAUUUAAGGUGGCUAGCAGCUGGUCCAAACAUGGCAGUGCCAUUAUAUAGGAGCUAUCUCAUUAAAGGUAUUAAAUUCAACAUCAAGGCACAAGAUGAUGUGCGGACAACUCAAAAUAGUGGAGUUUAUUUACUUGCACAUACUAUGCAAGUUGCUAGUGCCAAGGAUAAAAACCCAAUUCUCUCAAAUAUGGGUUUCUAUGGUGUCAUUCAAGAAAUUUGGGACCUUGACUACCAAAAGUUUACAAUCCCAGUCUUUAGGUGUGAUUGGAUUUAUAAUACUUCUGGUCUUGUAGUGGACGAACUUGGAUUUACCCUUGUAGAUUUGAGUAAAAUUGGACAUAGGAAUGACCAAUUUGUUUUGGCUUCUCAAGUCAAACAAGUAUUUUUUGUUGACGACCCGAUGCAUCGUGGUUGGUCGGUAGUGUUAUCAAUGCCUAAUAGAGAAUAUAAUGAUGUUAUUGGUGAUGAUGUCUUAGGUGAUGUGAGAAUUGAGUGUGAGCCAUUUACUAGGGGGAUGCCAAAUGUUGACACAUUUGAUGAAGUGGUGGUUGAGUUAGGGAGUCAAAAUAUUCGAGAUGGGUGUGAAGAUAUAUGGGUUGAAUGA